GUUUCCCCUGCAGCUGGAGAGCGGUCAGACAGUGGAGUGCACAGUGGCUCAGUACUUUAAGCAGAAAUACAACCUGCAGCUGAAAUACCCCCACCUACCCUGUCUCCAGGUUGGCCAGGAGCAGAAGCACACAUACCUGCCCUUGGAGGUGUGCAACAUCGUGGCAGGCCAGCGGUGCAUCAAGAAGCUCACAGACAAUCAAACGUCAACCAUGAUAAAAGCAACAGCUAGGUCUGCCCCAGACAGGCAGGAGGAAAUUAGUCGCUUGAUGAAGAACGCCAGCUACAACCUGGAUCCAUACAUUCAAGAGUUUGGGAUCAAGGUGAAAGAUGACAUGACGGAGGUGACGGGGAGGGUCCUGCCAGCACCCAUCCUGCAGUACGGAGGCAGGAACCGGGCCAUUGCAACUCCCAACCAAGGCGUGUGGGACAUGCGAGGGAAGCAGUUCUACAACGGCAUUGAGAUCAAAGUCUGGGCGAUUGCUUGCUUUGCCCCGCAGAAGCAGUGUCGAGAGGAGGUGCUGAAGAACUUUACAGACCAGCUGCGCAAGAUCUCCAAAGAUGCAGGGAUGCCGAUCCAAGGCCAGCCCUGUUUCUGUAAAUACGCCCAGGGUGCAGACAGUGUGGAGCCCAUGUUUCGACACCUCAAGAACACCUAUUCAGGGCUUCAGCUCAUCAUUGUCAUCCUGCCAGGGAAAACGCCAGUAUACGCCGAGGUGAAGCGUGUUGGGGACACCCUCCUGGGAAUGGCCACGCAGUGCGUCCAGGUCAAGAACGUGGUGAAAACCUCCCCGCAGACCCUUUCCAACCUCUGCCUCAAGAUCAACGUCAAGCUUGGUGGGAUCAACAACAUCCUUGUGCCUCACCAGCGCUCUGCCGUCUUUCAGCAGCCAGUGAUCUUCCUUGGGGCCGAUGUCACUCACCCGCCGGCAGGAGAUGGGAAGAAGCCCUCCAUAACAGCUGUUGUGGGCAGCAUGGACGCCCACCCCAGCCGGUACUGUGCCACAGUGCGUGUGCAGCGUCCUCGCCAGGAAAUCAUCGAAGACUUGUCCUACAUGGUGAGGGAGCUCCUUAUCCAGUUCUACAAAUCCACCCGCUUCAAACCCACCAGGAUCAUCUUCUACCGUGACGGCGUCCCCGAGGGGCAGCUCCCACAGAUCCUUCACUAUGAGCUCCUAGCAAUCCGAGAUGCCUGCAUCAAACUGGAAAAGGAUUACCAGCCUGGCAUCACCUACAUCGUCGUCCAGAAAAGGCAUCACACCCGCCUCUUCUGUGCAGACAAGAACGAGAGGAUUGGGAAGAGUGGGAACAUCCCUGCAGGAACAACAGUGGAUACAAAUAUCACCCACCCCUUUGAGUUCGACUUCUACCUGUGCAGUCAUGCAGGCAUUCAGGGUACAAGCCGGCCAUCCCAUUACUAUGUACUCUGGGAUGACAACCGGUUCACCGCGGAUGAGCUGCAGAUCCUCACGUACCAGCUGUGCCAUACUUACGUGCGCUGCACCCGCUCGGUCUCCAUCCCGGCCCCGGCGUACUACGCCCGACUGGUGGCGUUCAGAGCGCGGUACCAUCUUGUGGACAAGGAGCACGACAGUGGCGAGGGCAGCCAUAUAUCUGGACAGAGCAACGGCAGAGACCCCCAGGCCUUGGCGAAAGCUGUGCAGGUUCAUCAGGACACUUUACGUACCAUGUACUUUGCUUGAAAGCCUAACUUUUGUUACCUCACUCAAGAAAGCUUUCAGAUUUGUAGGAGCCAUACAAAAAAGGAAGCAUUGGGACACCUUGGUUUUUUUCCAAUGAGAAAUCACUGCAGGGCAGGCAGCGUCGAUUCGAGGCAGGAGACCAGCACCACGGGACAGAAAGAUCCAACACUUUUGUAGGAUUGGAAGAGACUGAUGAUUAUUUUUUUAAUUUUUCUGGCUUUGCAAAAUUUUGACCUGACCAAACACAUGAAGGCAUUCAAGGAAGGGAUAAAACUCUCAGGAGGUGGAAGCAGGUUUUCAUUUUAAGAUGCAAUACUAUAGACUCCUGACUGUGAAAUGGCGGAUUUGGUCCUCCGUUGCCCACCAGGCGCUGGUAGGUAUUUUUUGUGGGGGUUGGGGGGUGGGGAUUUUUAGAGCCUUAAAACAGAAGACUAGAUUUAUAAAACUAAUAUUUUAGAAUAUGAGAUGCUUUAAUGGGUUAAGGGGAAAA